UGGUGAUGAUUGGUUGGCGUUAACCCCGCCCCUGGACGCCGUGACGUAGCUUCUGCCCCAGAUGGAAGUAGUGUGAUCCCAGGGGCUGAACUGCCAAGGUUAAUGACACAGCCUCUCACAGACAGCUGGUGAAAUGGCCGGGUUCCUGGAUAACUUCCGAUGGCCGCAGUGUGAGUGCAUCGACUGGGGCGAGAAGAGGAACACCAUUGCGUCCGUGGUGGCCGGCGUUUUGUUUUUUUCAGGGUGGUGGAUUAUAAUCGAUGCGGCGGUGGUGUAUCCUAAACAAGAGGACCUGAACCACGCCUUCCACACGUGUGGGGUCUUUUCUACGGUGGCGUUCUUCAUGAUAAAUGCUGUAUCCAAUGCCCAGGUGCGAGGCGACAGCUACAGUGAUGGCUGCCUGGGCCGAACAGGGGCUCGGAUCUGGCUCUUUCUUGGCUUUAUGAUGAUGUUUGGAUCUCUCAUUGCCUCCAUGUGGAUCCUUUUUGGAGCUUAUGUCACACAACAUGUCAACGUCUACCCUGGUCUGGCUGUAUUUUUCCAGAAUGCUCUAAUAUUUUUUAGCACACUCAUCUACAAGUUCGGGAGAACUGAAGAGCUCUGGUCAUGAAGCCAUCGUCCACCAUGUUUUCUUAUUAGUUAGAACGUUCUGCUGUCUUUUAUUGCUGGUUAUGUUUUAUACAUAUCAACCAAUUGUCCAAGUACAAUUCCGAGUAGAGGAGAGAAGGUGCAGGCUUCCGGAUGGGUUUAUUUACUGGGUCACCAACAUGAGGAUCUAUUUCUCGCCCUUAAAAAGUCCACAUCUAGAAUUAAAAAAAAAAAGAAGCAACUUUUCAUAUAAAAAAAAAAUCUACAGCUCCUGUGUCUCCAUGCCGACAGACUACAAACAAACCCCGUGCAGUCUGAUCCUGCAGUCCUACUGCCAUCAGUCUGUAUGUUAGCCAGAAGUAGGCGAUUGAUAGAAGGGAGGAAAUCAUGGCGGCCAGAUCUGACUAUGUAGACUCAAAAGAGUAAAGACUAAAACCGUUUGUAAAGUUGCUUAAAUUUUUUUAUUUUGGAUUCAUUAGAACAAUAGAAAAAAAAUCAUUGUGAAUAUGGGAUUCUCUUUUUAAUCGAGGAGGAAGGUUGCUUUAAAUGGGUUGUCAGUUGUUUUAUUAUAGUUUAAACCUGCCGGCAGCCUGCAAAGAGAUAAAAAUAAAUAAAUGUACCCCUUUUUUAUUCAGCUGCCUCUCCAUGAGCCCACUGAGGCCAGUGGUUGGUUGCAGCAGUAUAUGGCACAUCAAUACAGCCAAAACGGUGUGUUACUUCAGCACAGAGACGAGGACGGAGCGGAGAAGCUGGAUCGGUGGGGGUGGGAAAGGAAAGUGAAUUUUUUCUUCCAUUACCUUAGCAGAUUUCCAGAAGUAUUGAUGGCCUAUCAGGAUAGGUGAUCAAUAUCUGAUCAGUACUGGUCGACACACGGCACCCCUGCCGAUCAGCUGUUUGAGAAGGCCAAAGCGCCCGCUUCGAACAGCCGAUUGGCGGGGCUGCCAGGAGUGGACACCAACUAAUCAAAUAUACAUGACCUACUCUGAGUAUAGGUCAUCAGUAUUCUACUCCCAAAAACACCCUUUAAGCUAUGAUAAACUACUCGGUUCUGCCCUUUUAAAUAAAGCAGUGUAUUACAACCUGUGGCUUUCCAGCCAUGCCUCACCUUCAUGUCCUAGCAGGCUGUAAGGACAUAUUGGGUGGUGUUGUUUCCAAGCAGAUGGAGAACCACGGUUUGGGGGCCAGUGCCCUCGUACCUUCUUUUUCUUUUCCAAAUGGUGGUGACCCAUAGUACCCAGCCAGGUGACGGUCUUUUCUAAGCUGUAGAGCACAAGUCUUUAGCAAGGUUUCCAUUUUUCUUCUUCGUGUUCAGAAACUGUGAUAACCUGGUUCCAACUUUAUUUUUUAGAAUCGGGUAGAUUUGGCGCCACUUUCUGGUGGUGGUUCGCAAUAGGUUCAUGGUUGGGCUGCUGUCUCUCUCACGGCAGGGAUCGGGCAUUCGUUGUCUUUAUGUUCCUGGUCAAGUAAACCAAGACAGAUCGGUGUCCAUUCAUUAAAGGGGUUGUCUCAUUGGCACUUUGAUGGCAUAUCGCUAGGCUAUGCCACCAUUUUCUGAUAGAUGCAGGUCCCGCCUCUUGGACCCUCACUUAUCUCCAAAAUGGGACCCCUGAACUCAGAAAAGCGCAGCCACGCUCUAUUCAUCUAUGUGGGACUGCCAAAAAUAGCUGUCUCCAUCAGUCCCAUAAAAUGAAUGGAGCGAUGGCCACGCUUGCCUGGUGGAAAUAGGUAUUUUCGGAACCCCCCCAUAGAAAUGAAUGGAGAGCAUGCUGCGCUUGCGCAGUGCACUCUUUCACUUUUGGGGGCCCAUGCUGGAGAUAGGUGCGUGUCUCAGAGUUGGGACCCGGACCUAUCUGACUUUGGCAUAUCCUAGCGAUGAUACAACCCUCUUUAGCCAGAUGAAACAACCCCUUAAAACUCUAUAUACAAGCCCUUGUAGCUGCGGCCUGUCACUCCAUCCGGAGAUAUCAGCAUGGGGGGGACAUGCAGUGGUUGUAAGUCCAGGACAGCGAAAGCCCCCUCAGUAAUACAGUUCGCAGUGUGCACAGCCUGAUGAUGUCAUUAUAGUAGCACAGUUGCCAUUGUUUUCUAUAGGGAAGAAAUUUACACUGAAGCCAAUGCUGACAUAGCAUUUUUUUUUCAUGUAGACCGGGCUUAAAGGGACUGUCCAGGAUUAGAAAAAAAAAAAGUAGACCUUGUUUUUCUAAACUUGGACAACCCUUUAAUGGCUGAAACAAGUGACCUCAGAUAGGACAUUUAAAGGAGAAUGUCCUGCGGUUAUGCUUAAAUGCACAAAUCCAAUAAAUGCUGCGCAGUGUCAGUCUCAAUAGCCAUAUAGCAGAACACAGCGGAGGCAUAUUUAUUGUACAUUCAUGUGUGACCUGCUGUUUUCCAUCCUUCUUGUACUCCCCGCGUGGCGUCUUUUAUUAUUGUAUUGCUUUGCACUGAACCAUGAAAAUGUCAGCCUCGUAAAUCUCACGUCCCGAUUAGAUAACUGCAUGUUGUCUGCAUGGCAUUGGUGAGCGGGGGAGGGGGCCCUGUGCGCACAUUGCAUGCAAGGCUGCCCUCUGCUGGUGGCACUGACCUCUACGUUCACAUUGCUGUUUUAGUCUCUUUUGCAAAACCGAGAAUAGAUCCCAUUGGAAGAAAGUGGAAAAUAUAUGCAUUUGCAGUUAAAAAAAUAAAUAAAAAAAUGGCGGCAGGAACGCUGUUUAACGGGGACAAAAAAAUCGGAGCGUGUCUAAUUGGGCACGCCCGCUGUUUCAUUUACCGCCAUUCCUUCUGAUAGUGAUAGGUUUCCUGACAAUGGCAAGUAAUGGCUGUGACCUCCACUGUGCCGUACCACUAUUGACCGUCAUGUCACAUCAUUUUAAGUCACCGUGGGGGGAGCUCCUGUGUAUAUGACGUACAUUGAAUAUCCUAUGUGCCAAGAAGUUUUAUAGGGGUUGUCCAAGAUUGGAAAAACAUGGCUUCUUUCUUCCAAAAA